GUGCCUGUGGGAGGGCAGGCCCGUGCGCGCACCCGCAAAGCCCGAGGACGCCGUCGUGCUCUGGCAGGGCUGGGUGGACCACUACGAGCAGAGGCUUCUGCUCAUCCCCUCCUGGAAGACGAAGCGCCUGGUGGUGCUGCGGGACCGCAGGCCCAACACAGGCCCCGACGCCGCGCGCGCUGGCGCCGCGCGGCCGUGCUCCCGGUGCGGCGGGGUGCAGCUGAUCCCGCUGGAGGUGGCGUCGUUUCCCUGCGAGCGCUGCGGCAACGCCACGCCUGUGCCGGCCUCGCUGCAGCUGGUGGUGUACGAGCUGGCGAGGGGCGCCGUGGAGGACGACGACGUGGACGUGGACGUAGCCAGCGCCGUGGUGCAGCCGCUGCCGCAGGACCCAGCGCGGCUGCUGGCGAGCGCGUCGCUGGGCGGCAUGGCGAACGCCGUGUCGAGCGGGCGGCUGCACGGCCUGUCCCUCAAGGUGCUGAGCGCCGAGGGGAGGCUGAAGGCCGAGCACUGCUUCCGCCUGAGCAGCCCCUACGACAGG